UCACUAGCAGGUCAGGUGACGCAGUUGUGAAGAUUCCAAAGCUCGCUGAUCAGCUUUGCGGGGAAGUAAAUACAUCCUGAUGGAGGCCGCAGAUCCUCGGUCCUCGAGUGACGGCGCGCCGGCGAGUAGAGGCGGAAUCCCGGGCGGGCAGAGCAGCAGUGACCGGGACGGCGGGCGGGCCGGAGGCAGCGGCGGAGAGGGCGAGCGGGAGCAGCGGGACAGGGCGACUUUCGAGUGUAACAUCUGCCUGGACACCGCCAGGGACGCCGUGAUCAGUCUGUGUGGACACCUUUUCUGCUGGCCAUGUCUCCAUCAGUGGUUGGAGACGAGGCCCAGCAGGCAGCAGUGUCCCGUGUGCAAAGCAGGGAUCAGCAGAGAUAAAGUCAUUCCUCUGUACGGCCGUGGCAGCACCAGCCAGGAGGACCCCAGAUUAAAAACUCCACCUCGACCUCAAGGACAGAGAACAGAGCCCGAGAGCAGAGGGUUUCAGGGUUUCGGUGACACUGGGUUCCACAUGUCUUUCGGUAUCGGCGCUUUUCCUUUCGGCUUCUUCACCACGAUAUUCAACACCAACGACCCGUUCCACAGACCAGAUCCUCACUACGCUGCAGAUCACCAAGGCAACGGGAACAACGGCAACAACUGGCAGGACUCGCUCUUCCUCUUCCUCGCCAUCUUCUUCUUCUUCUGGAUGCUGAGUGUGUGAAUGUGUGUGAGAGAGAGGGAGAGAUACUGGGGAGAGAGAGAGUGAUGAUGAUGAUGAUACUGUUUUUUUUUUUUUUAUAUAUAUAUACCCACGCCCACACGUACGCGCACACCAGAUUAUUGAAUACAAAGUAUUAAAACACAGCAGGAGUUUAAUGUUCUAUAAACAAGUAAUAAAAGUGUGUAGGAAAACGAACACACCAUUAAUCAUCACACUGUUUCAUGACUUCUACUUCAUACCAAAGAGAAUUCCUCGUCACACACGUUCUCGUGUUGAGCUCACAUCACUUAAGUGCGCAUCAAAAGUAUUAUUUAUCCCUGUGGCAUCUCCAGGGUCUAAUUCGGAACACGUCCAACGCUUUUCCCCUACAGAGGAGCCGAACGGGUCGGGAUGCUAUGUAGAUGUUGGUUUGUAUUAGUGAAAGUGAGGGAUUAACACAGCCGCUUCAGCAUUGCAGUUUCAUGAGUAAGCCACGCCUCCCACCGCUUCCUGGUCAGUCUUCAGCUAAUCUGUGACUGGAUCUUCAAAAAAUGAGCAGAACGAGCAUCGCAGCCUGACAGAAGUGUGGCUGGAGCACAACGUCACACUGUUAAGACAGAAUCCUGUUACUAAGGAACUGAAUAUCUAGCGACUUGUGAACGUUAUACGACAGGAACGUGGUGGUGUUCUGCUUCCUGUGCGUAAUAAAUAAACCAGCAGCGUGGCUAGUCUUAGAUGUCUUGAUGUUCCUCACCUGUGAGAAGAGAUUGACGCAAGGCAAGUGCUAAAGCGUCAGGCAUGUAGCGCGGUACGGAAUGGCAGGUCAGUGGUAGGCGUGUCCAUCUUUAAUUGACUGCAGGUUGUCGUGGAUUACAAGCGACAUCAGAUUGGUUCACAAACUGAAUACGAUUAACAAGUAUCUGAGGGAAACCAAGAAGUGUACCGCUGUGGUUUACGUAAAAGGAAACUGUUUCCACGGCUGGUCCCACUGAUUCCGACGUUAACGAUGGGGUAGUCUUCUGCUGUGGGCGUGAACCAUGGACGCCUCCAGAACCCUGAAAGUGUCAUCAGGUCAACCACGAAACCUAUUAAAUCAGCUGCCAAUCGUUUCUCAUAGUGUUAAUAAGAGUAGCAUGUCUGAGAUCCCGGCUGUGUGUCGGCACGUACGGAGAAACCAGACGCCUGGGAGCUCGCCAGUGUGAACGGAGAGUGACUGCAUCGUUAUAGCGUGCUGUUUUAACGGGUCAGUGGAGAAGGUUAGUGAUAGAAUGUCCAUUAAACGAAACGCGUUGAACGGUCCACAGAGAAAUGAAAUGAUCACGAUCUCAUGUGGGACGGAGAGUUAAAAUGGCCGACGGUAAUGCUAGGUGCUAGGUACACUGACAGGAUGUUGGGGGCGGAGCUUAUAUAGUAUGAAAUUAGUGUUCAGUGUGUUACAAGCACUGUAAUGCAACUUACAGAAUCCUACAGUAUGGGUGUGGGUUCACACCAUGAUGUGUUCUCCCAGUUCUUAAGUGUGUAAGUGUUUUGUCAUGAUGUUGAUCAACUAUUUCUGUUUUUUUUUUUUUUUCCUGUAAGAUUGAUGAGUUAUGGAAGAGGCGAAUGAUAUCAGAUACAAAGACACUUUUUCUAACACACCCCUUUUUAACUUCGCCUGACCGCGAGCACUCGCGCUGCCACACGGGGAGUGUGGAGCGAUGAGAACCCUGUUCCGGAGAUUUCCAGCAACCAGACCGAAACACUGCAGUGGUGUUCCAGGAGCUAGCUCGGAACACUAUGGGCUCUUUGCUGCUGUUUUUGACUAGCAUGCUGAGGUGGUUUUAGUACGCCCUUUUAACCAGCCGCCGUUUUAUUAUAAUAAUUGACUGAUUCAGUAACAAAAAAGGCUCUUAAGAUGGCCGAGUCGACUCCGUCAAGGGGAAGUGGACGAGGGGGUGUUAAAAUCAGGACUGGAAUUGAGUGCGCGUGCGUUUUCUCUUGCUGUCGUAUUGCUCGUCUUUUCUGAUCUGAAUAAAAGAAUUCUAUUUGUGUUGGUUGCUGUGGGCGGAGCUUAUAGGAGUCUAAUAAGGGGGUGGGGCUAAUUACUGAAAGGUGGUGAAUAAAUGUUCCCUACUGGCUGUACACACACUGUUCUGUUUCCUGUUCAUUUCUCUUGUUUUAUUUGGUUCGGUUCUAGUUUAUAUUCUGCUCUGUAUAUUUUUAAUUCUGUUCUGUUUUAUAGAAUACAUACAAGUUCUUUUCUGUUCCUCUCUAUUUUCUGUUCGGUUCUAUUUUGUACAGUUGUGUUCAAAUAAAAAAAAAAAAACA